UUUCUUAUCAGGAAGGUCACAUUUACUAUUUGUUCAAAAAGUGUUAAAUCAGUUUAAUAUAAAUCAACAUACAAAAUUUAAUGAAAACAUGAAAACUUUUAUUGUCCUUCUCACUUUUUGUAUCGUUUCAGGAUUUGCAGGUGAAUAUGGUUCACUUCGGCCAAAAAGACGUCCCAUUGAUCCCGACAUAAUCAAGGCUAUUUCCUAUGUAAUUAAAAACGAUGUGGAAGUAGGAAGUAGUAGUGAGGAAGAUAUUUCCUCAGAUGAUCAUGUAACAUUUCUAAGUCCUCUGACAACAAGUACCAAUGAUGGGGAUGUAAUGACGUUUUUAAUGAAUAAUGACAUUUCUGGUAAUGAAAAAUAUGGAUCUAAAUCUGGAAAUGAUAAUACUUUGAAAAAAAAACUUCCCCUCAUCCUCAACCUCGUAAAUACCCUUACAGGUUCACCUGUUCAGACGUCAGAUAUAAAUAAAAUAGUAGAUAUAACCAAAGAAUUGCUCGAAAUCUUCCAAAUAAAUAUUGGUCAGUCUCCAUCUAUUAAUGUUGUACCAGAUAUAAAUAAAAUAAUAGAUGUAUUGAAGAAAUUACUCGAAAUCUUCCACAUAAAUAUUGGAGAAGAAUUUUAUGAAUAUAGAAAAAUAUUGAAAACAAUUUUAAAAAAUAUUAUAAAAUAUUUGUAAUGAGAUUUUAAAAAAAUAAAGAAUCGUCUUAUA